AUGGAAGACGAGCGCGCCGAAGAGCUCAGCACGCUGCAGUCCAUCUACCCGGAGUUGGUUAUCAGCGAUAGCGACCCCUACUCUGCCACUCUUGAACUGCUCGUGGCGCCUACCAAGCCUUUGCCUAUUACCUUCGAGCCACAGCAACAUGUCGAACGACUUCCGUAUCUACCCCCACUACGUCUCGAAAUUAUCCUACCCGCCGAGUAUCCCGAACAAACACCGCCCGUAGUGAGGUUGUCUACGUUGCCAUCGUGGCUAGGCCAGGACCUCCAGGCUACACUCACAGCAGAAGCAAACAUGUUAUGGGAUGAGUACGGCGGAGGUAGCAUUCUAUUCGCCUAUAUCACCUCUUUACAAGAACAAGCCGAGAAUGCCUUUGGUCUGGAGGGGCUUUCGCUAUCCUCCUCUAUGCGGAAGGAGCUCGUAGAUUAUAGUCGCCGGAUGAAGAAGGAGCUGUUCGACAAAGACACGUUCGACUGCGAAGUCUGUCUCGAGCCAAAGAAGGGGUCAGCCUGCUACCGCAUGGCCCGCUGCAGCCAUGUCUUUUGCAUCAAUUGUCUCCAGGACUACUACAACAACUGUAUAACCGAGGGGGACAUCAACAACGUCAAGUGUAUGUCCACCGAAUGUGGUAGUAGUGGGAAGAAGAAGGACCGGCUGUUGUCGCCCAAGGAGCUGCUACAGAUCCCUAUAGCACGCGAUCAAGUCGAGCGAUAUGCCAAGAUCAAGCGGAAGAAAAAGAUUGAAUCUGACCCUAGCAUCGUGUUUUGUCCACGCACAUGGUGUCAAGGUGCCAUGCGAACUACCAAAUAUCCCAAGAUUACCGACGUAACUCAGAUGGACGAUUCGGAUUCUGAAGCAGACGACGAGAGUCCAGCUCAGCAACAGGAAACCAACACUGAGCCUGGCCCGGAGAAGCGUGGAGUCGGCGUACGAGGUAUGGAUCGGUUACAGGUUUGCGAAGAUUGCACACUCGCUUUCUGUGUUGUCUGCUUAGCGUCGUGGCACGGAGAUUUCGUACGCUGCGAGCCACGCGAUGCUACACAACUGACCGAGGAGGACCAAGCAUCGCUCAACUUUAUCAUGAAGAACACCACACCCUGCCCGUACUGCUCUGUACCGUGCCAGAAGAGCAUGGGAUGUAAUCACAUGACCUGCGCGCAAUAUCACCCAUACGCCCAUUUCAACGACCCCAAGAACAAGAACUGCUUCAUGCGCCUCAUGGACGGGGCCGAAGGCGACAUGGGAAACGGCGCUGUGCAGUUUGGUGGUAGGAGAGGGGCUGAGCAAGCGGCGGAGUUCUGGGAGCAAGAAGCCCUGCGUAUACAGAUGCAAGAAUUUGAUGAAUUCGUACGAUAG